UGGCGGGGCCGAGAGUCGCAAGCGGCGGGCGUUGCGGUAGCGGGGGCGGCGGCCAGGGACGCAGGCCCGAGCCCCGUGGCGGCGCCCGGCUAUGGCUGCGGCCACCAUCGUGCACGACACGUCUGAGGCGGUGGAGCUGUGUGCGGCGCUCGGCCUCUACCUCAAGCCCAUCACGAAGAUGAGCAUCAGCGUGGCGCUGCCACAGCUCAAGCAACCCGGCAAGUCCAUCUCCAACUGGGAGGUGAUGGAACGGCUGAAGGCCAUGGUGCACAGCCACCAGUUCUCCACGCUGCGCAUCUCCAAGAGCACCAUGGACUUCAUCCGCUUCGAGGGCGAGGUGGAGAACCGGAGCCUGGUCAAGGCCUUCCUGGCCUGCCUGGACGGCAAGACCAUCAAGCUCAGCGGGUUCUCGGACAUCCUCAAGGUGCGCGCCGCCGAGUUCAAGCUAGACUUCCCCACGCGCCACGACUGGGAUUCGUUCUUCCGUGACGCCAAGGAUAUGAAUGAGACGCUGCCCGGUGAGCGGCCCGACACCAUCCACCUGGAGGGGCUGCCCUGCAAGUGGUUCGCGCCCCGCGACUCAGGCUCCGAGAAGCCCAGCGAGGACGUGCUGGUACGCGUCUUCCGCAAGUUCGGCGACAUACGCAACGUUGACAUCCCCAUGCUCGACCCGUACCGUGAGGAGAUGACCGGCCGCAACUUCCACACCUUCAGUUUUGGAGGACACCUCAACUUCGAGGCCUAUGUGCAGUACUGCGAGUACGCAGGCUUCAUCCAGGCCAUGAGCGCGCUGCGCGGUAUGAAGCUCAUGUUCAAGGGCGACGACGGCAAGGCGGUGGCCUGCAAUAUCAAGGUUUCGUUCGACUCCACCAAGCACUUGAGCGAUGCGUCCAUCAAGAAGCGGCAGCUGGAGCGGCAGAAGCUGCAGGAGCUGGAGCAGCAGCGCCAGGAGCAGAAGCGGAGGGAGAAGGAGGCUGAGGAGCGGCUGCGCGCGGAGGAGAGGAAGCAGAAGGAGCUGGAGGAGCUGGAGCGCGAGCGGAAGCGGGAGGAGAAGCUGCGCAGGCGCGAGCAGAGGCAGCGGGACCGCGAGUUGCGGCGCAGCCAGAAGAAGCUGGAGAAGCUGCAGGCUGAGGAGCAGCGGCGGCUGCAGGAGAAGAUCCGGCUGGAGGAGCGGAAACUGCUGCUGGCGCAGCGCAACCUGCAGUCCAUCCGGCUCGUCGCCGAGCUGCUGAGCAGAGCCAAGGCUGCCCGGCUGCAGGAGCGCGAGCAGAGCGAGGAGCGGCGCCGGCGCGCGCGGCAAGAGGAGCGUCGGCGGCUGCAGGAGGCGGAGCUGCGGCGCGUGGAGGAGGAGAAGGAGCGCGCGCUCGGGCUGCAGCGGCGGGAGCGGGAGCUGCGCCAGCGCCUUCUGUCCAUCCUGCGCUGCGGGGUCCACGGGGUCAGCGAUGUGGGUCUACGGGGUCAGCGCUGCGGGGUCCACGGGGUCAGCGAUGUGGGUCUGCGGGGUCCACGGGGUCAGCGCUGUGGGUCUACGGGGUCAGCGCUGCGGGGUCCACGGGGUCAGCGCUGCGGGGUCCACGGCGUCAGCGCUGUGGGUCUACGGGGUCAGCGCUGCGGGGUCCGCGGGGUCAGCACUGUGGGUCUGCGGGGUCCUCCUAGACCACGAAUGUACAGGGUCCGAAUGAUGUCAUCCCCGUCCGUGAGGCAGUGA